AUGGCUUUGGCCAAUAAUUCAUCAGUUGUACCUUUCGGUCCGGUAAUUGCGUACCCAGAAUUGUUAGCCUGGUUUAUCAUCUCCACCAUUAUCUGCGUUAUCGGGACCAUCGCUGGUGUGGCUUUGAUGAGCGUCAUUUUAAAACAGCACAACUUUCGCGACGGAACCAAUCCUUUGAUCGUCCAGUGGCUGGGCCUCGACUGCUUCAUCCUGGCCAUCCCCACGCUCCUGGCCAACAUCGAGGUCUUCCGCACCCAGAUCGGCCAUCCGGGCGCCAUUAACUGCAAACCGGUGUUUUUCCUGCAGUACUUUCCCACCUGCGUCUCGCACUGGAUCCAAGUAUGCAUCGCGUUGAAUCGCUGCACGGCGGUCCUGUUCCCGCACCACUUCCGGACGUGCUCCAGUCGCGCCAGUGUGGGGACGAUGAGCGGUUUCUGUUGGCUGUUAAAUAUCGGGCUGUCGGUGCCGUUUCUCUUCGGGGUGGGAGCGACGUUUGCGCAGGCCUUUCCCCUGGGUUCGUGUAGUCUGUUGAUUAAUAAUCCGCGGGUGUUUCUCAUUAUGGGCUCGCUGGUGACCACGGUUCCGUUGUGUCUGGAGGGGCUAUGUUAUGCCGUGGUUUUGGUUGGUUUUCGCUGUCAGCGACAAGUGCAACCAGGGAAUUCGCGAUCGGAUGCUCAUCGCCAGAAGCGGAAGCGAAAGGAGAAUAUGAUCUCGCUGGUAUUGCUGCUGUGCUUCUUAUGGUAUUUGGUGUGUUAUCUCCCGCAGACCGUUAUAUCGUCGUAUAUGGGAUGGUACUGGCGGACGCACUGGAGCGCGUUUAAUUGGCUUCGAACGCUUUUUGGAACGGCACAAGCCGGAACACCGGUAAGCACCAAAUAA